UAAUUUGUGUUUUGUUUUAAGUUGCACUUUGGUCACUGUUAGGGACCGAGGGAGAGGGGACAAAGUUCACAGGGCCCAUGUAAGGAGGAGGGGGUGAACAGGAGGAGGAAAAAAAAAAGAAAAAUUGACCUUUGAAAGCAAAACAGCAGGUGGAGAGAGAAAACCAGGCAGCUCAGGACACAUCAGGAGGAAAGUCAAGUCAGGAAAAAAUGAAAGUAUACGUUCUCUGAAGCUGGGAGGGGUGUAGAGAAGGAAUGGGACCUGACGCUGUUGUUUGAAGUGUGACUGAGGGCAGCGUCAACAAGCGAGGCGAGCCAUCAGAGUCAUGGAGGAGAGGAUAGAGGAACGGGCGAAGACGAGGCCGAGCUGUCUCACAGCCCUUCAGAAGCAGCUGAUCUGGGCCCUGCUUGGGUCUGGACUGUCCCGGGACGUCCUGGUGCAGGCCUUGGGGGAGCUGGAGCGGGACAGGGCGAACGCUGGCGUGGAGAGAGGAGAGAGGGGGGAUGGAGAGAGCUCAGAGGAGGGAGAAAUGGAUUUCCCACCGCCUAUAUUCCGAGAGCUGGAGAAGUUUACCCCUGAGGAGGUGGCCAAACUCAGGGCUGAAGUUGAUCAGCUGCUGCAAGGGGAUCCUUGGCAUGUUGCUAAAAUGGUGAAGAGCUACAUGCAGCAGCACAACCUCCCUCAGAGAGAGGUGGUAGAGUCCACAGGUCUAAACCAGUCCCACCUCUCCCAGCACCUCAACAAAGGCACGCCCAUGAAGAACCAGAAGAGAGCCGCUCUGUACACCUGGUAUGUCAAGAAGCAGUGCGAGAUUAGCCAGCAAUUUACCAAUGCCAAACACGGGCUCGCUGCCGCAGAGGAGCAGGGAGAGGAGAGCAAGAAAGGGCGGAGAAAUAGGUUCAAAUGGGGCCCAGCAUCUCUGCAGAUCCUCUUCCACGCCUACGAGCGACAGAAGAACCCAAGCAAGGAGGAGAGAGAGGGGUUAGUGGACGAGUGCAACAGGGCCGAGUGUCUGCAGAGGGGGGUCUCUCCCUCACAGCUGGCUGGUCUGGGCUCAAACCUCGUCACUGAGGUCCGGGUGUACAACUGGUUUGCCAACCGCCGCAAAGAGGAGGCCUUCAGACACAAACUGGCUCUAGACACACCUUACACACACCAAUCUGCCUCCUCUUCUCACCCCAACCUCCCACCAAGUCCUGAGCACGGUGUGAAGUACAGCCAGCAGAUCCUGUGUGACACUGCGAGUUCAGCCAGAGGCAGUGGAGGAGAGAGAGUGGGACGUCUGGUGGCCAGCCCCAUCCAGCUGGAGCCCAGCCACACACUCCUGGAGACACACAAUCCCAAACAGGAGUCUAGCAGUGGCCCUCUGCCCCCUGUAAGCACUCUGACCUCCCUGCACAGCCUGUCUGCCUCGCCUGCCUCCUCACAGAGCCUCAUCAUGGCCUCCCUGCCCAGUGUCAUGAGUUUGGGGGAGUCCUCGCUUCUCAUUGGUUUAGGCUCCGUGCAGCCUCAGACUGUGCCUGUUAUUAACAACGUUGGGGCCGGUUUCACCACCCUACAGCCCAUCUCUUUCCAGCAGCAGCUUCACGGCUCGCCCCAGCAGCCGUUGUCCCAGCAGCUCCACACUCACAUGGGGGCCAGUCCAUUCAUGGCCACAAUGGCACAGCUGCCAUGUCACAUGUACAAGUCAGAGUCGCCCCAGUACCAUCCGUCCAGCCUGCUGUCUCAAGCUAUGGUCAUCACAGACGGCAGCAGCCUGGGGACGCUGACCAGCCUCGCUGCUGUCCGACAGAUCCUGGCGACGGAUCCUGAAGAACAGACUGACCAACCUUUACAGGAAGACUCUCUGCACCUGGAGCCGCACACACCUGUGCCAGCUUCUUCUGAGAGCCUGGAGCUGUACCCUGCCUCUCAGUCCACAGACAGUCACCAAUCUCACCUCCUCUCGCCUCUCUCCCCUUCACCAACGGACAUCAGCUCCUACAUCCCUUCACAAAUGGUUUCUACUGCACAGUAGAGGAGCUCCGCCAGCGUACUGUCCCUCACUGUCAGCUGGAGUGUGACUGUUUUGGAUGGACAGAUACUUCUGCUGUAAAAAUUCACAAAAACCUGGAGUCAGGGGCUGCAAGGAGGACUGAGCUUUGAUGCAUCAAAGACGCCCUUAAACCAGUGAAGUAUGAACAAGGAGCAGCAUUAGAAAAGAUUCACUUUUGAUGAAAAAAAUCAAAAAAAUCAGCACGGAUGUGUUUUUAUUCAAAUGUUUUUUAAGAUUUAGAAAUUGUACUUUGAGUUGAAACUUGUAAACUGCAUGUUACCCACGUUUUUAUGCCAAGAUAGGCUUUUGAAAUCCUUAAUAAAUAUCUUUAACUAGAAAGUAGGGCCUAAUUCAAGAAACAUCGGACAUAUUUUUACUGGAAUUUAUUUGUUCUGAAACACGUUUCUUUCUAAAAUACACAAAAACAUGUAAAAUAAAAAACAGUGUAACUAUUUCAA